AUCCAGUAGACGGCGGUAGUGCACCUGGAAGCUGUUUCCUAACCGCCAGUGAACAGCAGAAGAAGAAAAGGCGGAAGUAGUUCUAUCAGCUAUUUCCAAUCAAAGUUAUGAUGUUACUGUCAUCGACGGUCGUCUUAUUAUAAGUUUCAAUGUCCUGGGUUAAAUCUGUUUUAUACAGCGGAGAAGAUGUCUUCGACGAGAAUGCGGACGACCUCACUCUUCAGAAUAAAGAGUGGACAUCCAACAUGAAGAAGCGAGUCAGGGAUGGUUACGUGGACGGACUGGAUGCCGGGGAGGAGGCCUCACUCCAGGUCGGUUUCAACCUGGGCUUCAGGGAAGGAGCAGCUCAGACUGUAGCUGUGGGUCGUCUCAAAGGAAUCGUAAGUGCUAUAUGGUGCUGGUGCCAGAUCCAGCAUCCGGAAAGCCCAGUCCCGUCCUCUGUGACUGAGCUCCUCCAGCGGGUUUCACAGCAUGAAGACAAAAUCAUGGGCGGCAUUAAGAAGGCUUUGGAGAAUCCUCCUCCCAGUGUGAGUGCAGUUUCAGAGAGCAUGGAGGACCUGGAGGUGGACCAGGCAGAUUCAGGCUGUUGUGGAGAGGAAUGUGAAGAAACAAACUGCAGCAGGGGAGGAGAAAUAAUGGAGCAGGAUGUUAUUCAGCAGCCACAAAAGCUUUGUUCACAAUCCGCUGACUAUAAUGGCUCAGGAGAAAGUCUAAACCAUCUCCUGCAGUGCUGCAUGGAUGUAGUGUCAGAGCUGGGGAUGCCGCAGGAGCUGAUGAGUCACAUACAGGAGCUGAACAACAUGUGACAAAUUCAGGGAACAACAUCACGAGGAUGAUAUUUGGUCAGACUCUUGAACUAAGAAACCAAACAAGUUAUCUUGUAAAUUUCUUCCACAUGGGAAUGAACCACUUUUAUUGUAUAUGUAAUGUGAAAUAUUUUAUAUUUGAGUAGUUUCACAAUAUGUGAAAUUGUUGUUAAAAUACUUGGUUGAAUAAUUUUGGCAAAUAAAAAUAUUUUGUACAUAUUUCUCACACAUAUUUUU